CCCUGUCCUUUGCGUGCAGAUCCAGACAGAUAGCGAGACAGCCAAACUACCUAUUCACAACUUCAUGCUCGACCAGACCACAACCUCAUCCUUCCCGAUCUCACCCCCACGACGGUCAUUCCUCCCCUCCUACUUUCACCCUACCCGAUCUGGCGCGGACACCUCUACGACGUUAUUGAUGUGCCCUCCGCUACUUCCAGUAGCUAUCAUUCGAUAGACACCGUGCCAGGAUGGGCAGUCUGCUUGGCCCUCUUUUCAUAUACUUGCUUGGUGGCCUUACAUUUAUCCCGAUUUGCCUCCUCGGAAUUCUAUUGCACGCUUACCUCACAUUUCCCGUCCGCAACGAUACAACAAACCGGGAAAUUGACGAGGAGUCAAUUGUGCAGCCAGGUGACGACAGCGAUGCCAUCAAACGAGCACAGAAGACUUUGGGAGAGAAGUUCCAGCCUCGAGACAGUCAUGAAGCUGAAGUAGCUGCUGGUUAUUUUGCUGUCUCAAGAACCUAUGUUCCAGGUGGUGUUGGAGCUCUUCCACCGGAGAGGACAACUCCUACUGGGUCUACCACUGUAUCUGCACCGAGUCCCAGUGUCUAUCAGACUAUGUACAGAAGUAUCUUCGACAGGAAACCGGUCAGUAGUCCGAUCGAGAACAAAGGUGUGAAAAGAGGAAAUAACGUGUUUUACGUUGUGCUGAGACACGGCCACCUCAUGCUGUUCGACGAUGACGAGCAACUCGAAGUCCGCCAUGUCAUUUCUUUGGCCCAUCACGAAGUCGGCAUAUAUUCUGGCGGAGAUGAGACACCCGAAGGAGAGCUGUUUAUCAAGAGGAAUGCACUUUGCUUAUCAAGGAGGGCCGAUGUAGGGGAGAUCACACCAGAUGGCAAGGCUUCGAAGCCGUUCUUUCUCUUCUCGGAGAACUGCUCAGAAAAGGAGGACUUCUACUUUGCUCUCCUACGGAAUCAGGAGAGGAGACCGGAUUCCAGUUACAAUCCUCCAAUUCCGCUACAGUAUGAUGUGAAAGAUAUUAUUACGCUUGUGCAAAGAUUACAUUCGUCAGAAGAGCAUCUGCAAACGCGAUGGGUCAAUGCUUUGAUAGGGAGGGUCUUCUUGGCUCUCUACAAAACCCCCGAGGUUGAACAUUUUGUGAGGGCCAAGAUCACCAAGAAGAUCUCCAGGGUCAAGACUCCCUCAUUUCUGUCGAAGAUUUCGUUAAGGCACAUAGACAUGGGCGAAGCAGCUCCAGUCAUCACCAAUCCUCGGCUGAAGGAUUUGACCGUGGAUGGAGAGCUCGUUGUAGAAGCGGAUCUCAAAUAUUCUGGGAAUUUCCGGAUCGAGGUGGCUGCUACUGCUCGCAUUGAUCUUGGGUCUCGCUUCAAGGCACGAGAAGUCAAUCUUCUUCUCGCGGUUGUUUUGAAGAGAAUUGAGGGCCAUAUGCUAGUUCGCGUCAAGGCCCCGCCAUCAAAUCGGCUCUGGAUAUCUUUCCAGACCAUGCCAAAGAUUGAUAUGAGCAUCGAGCCGAUUGUCAGCUCUAGACAGAUCACGUAUACCCUAAUUUUGCGGCAAAUCGAAAACCGGAUCAAGGAAGUUGUUGCAGAGAGCCUGGUCUUCCCAAAUUGGGAUGACUCUCCAUUCUUCAAUAGCGAGGACAAGCUUUGGAGGGGAGGAAUAUGGGCGGAUGAAAGGAUCAAGCAGCAUCCCCUAGAUGCUCAAACUGCUGCGGCUCAAGAAGGUGAUGUAGAGGAAGUCGAGAAUCUGGACGCUGAGAACAAUGAGGCUAUUUUAGCUCUCCCGCAAAUAGAGAAGAGCAUAUCGUCACCGAAUGUUGAGGCAUGCCCACCCGGCACAGCAUAUGCGCGCAAAUCGGCAAAAUCGGCGAUGAACAUAGCAAAUACGAAAAUUAAUGGUUCAUCCACAAGCAUCGAUAUCCAAUCUUCUGGCGCCGAGAAACCAAGAGCUCUCCGAUCUGGCUCCUUUGCGAGCGCCUCUUCGCCGAUCGUUAACACCGAUGUGAUAAAUGCCGAUGUAAUUAAGCCGUCUUCACCACCGGAGCAUAGCCACGCCAUGGCAGCGAUUGCUGCAUUGUCCCAUAACAAUUCUCCCGCCCAAACACCGAUUGGAUCUCCAUCACGUCAAUCUCGACUAGAAAAGCCUGGAAGUCAGUCCUCAAUGUCCUCGAAGGCAUCGUUUCAGUCCGACAAGGAUAGGGACAUCGGCAAUGAAUUGACACCACAGGCGUCUAUCAAUGUGUCGGAUUUCAACAACCAUUUGGAUAUGAGUUACCCUCCGAGCCCAGCGAGUUUAAGUGCGGUCUCGUUCAGAUCAGAGGCUCCAUCAACGGGAUCAUUUGGCUCCCUGGGUCAUAAUCCAAGACGUGAAAAUUCAACUUCAUCAUCGAGUAAAUCUGCUACGGCGGCUGAGACUAAAAGAUUAUCUCUAGCAGCUGUGACGAACGCAGCUGCGACUGCAAAGAAAUGGGGGUGGAACGCAUUGCAACGAAAUGGAGACAAAACUGGUAAUUCCGUGGAAGAAGCCUCUACUCCUAGUCGACCGCUGGUGAUGGGCCGUGGGCAACCCCUCCCUCCACCUGGCGUACCCCUUCCACGCCCCGACAAGAAGACAAAGACUGCUCCGAUUCCUGUCCCCAAAAGAAAGCCCAUCCCUCCUCCAGAUUUACCUCCCAAGCUCAGCGAUACUGCCUCCGAUCGUAAUUCGAUUUACAGCCAGCAACACGCAAUUCCCCCACCUCCCUUGCCCAGACGCCGGAGCCGAGAAGCCGAGAAGUCAAACAGCGGCGCUGUAGAUGACGGACUUCUCGUUGUUAAGGCACCAGCUGCCGACUCUGAGCCCACAACUCCAAUGACUGAGAGCGAGCCCGUUUACAUGCAACCAUGGGUAGAUGAUUUUGAUGAAGAUGACGUCCUGGAAGCGAGUUUGCAGUCAAAACCUAGCCCAACACCUCCUAAGCUCCCCAAGAGGAGACCAAUACACCGAGUCUUAUCAAGUAGCCCGGAGGAAGAUGGGCACAAAUUGCCAUCUUGGCUGGCGGCUCAGGAGGAAGAGGCAAGAGCAAAGAGCUCAUUCGUGGAUGAGGAUGCAGGUCUGUAACUGCUGCAACCAAUCGUAGAAACUGAUAUGACGCGGAUGGUGGGAUGAACACUAUUGGAAUGGGGGCGUUGGUUCGGGACUGUCCGUCCCUGGCGAAGUCGCAUGGUAUGGCUUCUGGGAAAUGAGGGAGCACUUGGGUACACAGACUAUUGGAACGGCCCACUCUAGUAGUCAUGAAUCUACGGGGUCGUUAUAGUAAUUUACAAUGGCAGAUCCUGUGAGAAAGCUUUCAAGAGAGCAUACCACCAAAGUGUCGUGCACAAUUAUUAGAACUUUCAAUCUUCCUAAAUCCAACCGUCUGGAACUUGAUCAUCUCGGCACUAGCAUCGUUCAACUCAGCUUCCCUACCUUAUGCCUGGAAAUGUCUUCCAAUAUUCCAUAACAAUCGGUCACCAAAUUGACUCGAUAAAACAGUCUACUUGCUAUCAUUGCUUGCGGCUUGACCUACCCUAAAACAGUCAAAUCAAAAUUUAUAACCUAGAAAAAUAUUAGUCCCCAGACAGCAACUUGAUGAUUAUCGCCUGCGCAACAACUUUGGGUAUAAUAGUGUACUCGGUCCCGCACUCCCCUCUAGGUAGUAGGUAAGAAAUUUGUGAUGAUAAUAGUCACGUUUCUCUGUUGGU